AGGCGCCGCCACGACCUCUCAAGGAGGGGCCCGCUCCCGCGAGCGACGCCCCUGGGCGAGCCAGAUCUCCCUGCCCCCAGGCCGUGGCGCCGAGGCCUCUCCCGUCCGCGCCGCUGCGGCGGCGCGCCCGCCCAUGCCUCACGAGCGGUGCCUGCCGCCGGUCUCCACGCCGAAGAGGUGGCGGCCGGCCGCCCCCGCCGGCGUGUGGGUCUUCGACGACCCCGCCGAGCCCGAGAGCCGCGGCGCCCGGGUGCCCGCGGGCGCGCUGGACCCGGGCGGGGACCACACGCUCGUGCAGGUCGGGGGCCUCGGCAUCCUGGUGCCGCCCGGCGGCACGGACGGCGCGCGCUGCGUGCGCCUGCUGGAGAGCCAGCCCGCGGCCGAGCUGUACCGCAGGGAGGCGGAGAGCAGCGGCGCGGCGCUGGUGGCGGAGCUCCAGCGAGAGGUCGUUCGCCUCCGGCGAAUCACGUCGCAGAGCAGCGGCCAGACGAUCCUGCUCAAGGAGGGCCCCCUGAUGCGCUUUCGGGAGACGAUGCUGUCGUCGGGCUGGUCCGAGCGGUACUUCGAGAUCCGCACGCACGGCGACCAGGCCGUCCUCCGCUGCCUGAGGGGCCCGAAGCAGCGGAAGGUCCGCAUGGAGGUCACUAUUUCGUCGGAGUGCAGGAUUGUCCGCGAGGCGGAGGCGGACGCCUUCACGGGCCUCCACUGCUUCAGGUUCCACCUCCCGCCCCAGACUGAGCUCGAGGUGUCCGUGCUGCGCCUCGGAGCCACCAGCUCGCUGGAGGCCCAGGCCUGGGUGGACGCGCUGGAGCUGGCGUGCGGCUCGGCCCCGUCCGUGGAGUCCAUAUCCCUGCCGUCGGCGAGGAAGGUGAGGUCGAAGCUGUCCGCGACGGCCCUGCGCGCGGUGCACAAGGAGUCCCGCGAGUCGAUGCUCACCUCCAGCAGGCUGGGAGGCAGUCUCUCGGAGAUCAGCUUCAUCGGCGUCGUCAACCUGUGCGUCAUUGUCCUGGUCGUCAUCAAUUUCCGGCUGGUGAUCGCGAACAUCAUGAAGUACGGGAUUCUUCUCGACCCGACGCAGCUCGUCGGGGUCACGGCGGCCAGCGCCAGCGGCUCGUGCUUGCUCUGCCUGCUGGGGCUGCCAGUCUUCGCGAUCGCGGCGCUUUGGGUCGAGCUCGCGGCCAGCCGGGGCGCCCUCGCGGAGCACGCGGCGCGGAGCGCCCACGGCUUCGUCUGUGCGCUCUGCCUGGCCGUGCCGAUCGGGGUCAUCCAGCGGUCGCAGGCGAACCCCGCGGUUGGGGCGGGUUUGCUGACGAUGUCCCUGACCCUGUUCAUGAAGCUGGUCAGCUACGCCCACACCAACACCCAGCUGCGCGCGCUGUCGAGGGCUCAGGUCGAGCCGGCCGAGCCUCGGGAGGGGCGCGUCAGCGACGACGAGAGCAGAGUCGUGGCGAGCGUGGGCCCCGACAAGACGGUGUACCCAGCGAACCUCUCGGCUGUCGACAUGGUGCGUUUCCUUUGCUUCCCAACCUUGGUGUACCAGACGAGCUACCCCAGGUCGGACAGCGUCAGGAAGAAGUGGCUCGCGCGAUGCAUAGGAGAGCUUGUGUUGGUGCUCGCGAUAAUGGGCGUCCUGGUCCAGCAGUUCAUCGCACCAGCUGUCGCGGGCGCCGCUGUGCCCAUGCAGACUCUCCAUUUUGCCAAGCUGGUAGAAAGAGUAAUGACGAUCGCAGUGCCCAGUACAUACAUUUGGCUCUGCAUGUUUUACGCCCUGUUCCACCUGUGGCUAAACAUAUUGGCAGAAGCCACGCGAUUCGGGGACCGCCUGUUCUACAAGGAAUGGUGGAAUGCGCACAAGAUUGAGGACUACUGGCGACUGUGGAACUUGCCAGUCCAUCACUGGCUGCUGCGCCACCUCUUCUUCCCAUGUUUGAACAUGGGCCUUGGCAAGGAUCUAUCCGUCGGGAUGGUAUUCUUCGUGUCGGCUGUCCUGCAUGAGCUGAUGGUGAGCAUCCCCUGUCACACGUUCCGUCUCUGGGCGUUCUUGGGCAUGAUGAUGCAGCUUCCUCUGGUGUGGCUGACCGACUUUCUGGAUCGGCGCUUGAAGGGCAGUCUGAUUGGAAACUUUGUGUUCUGGAUCAGCUUCUGCUUCACAGGACAACCUCUGUGCAUUAUGCUGUACUACUUCGACUUUCUGCCAGAGAACAGAGCUGCGCCCUAGGGCAGCGCUGUGGCCACCGCUGUCGACAACUUCGUGCUCUGGAGCAGCCUCCGCUUCACAGGCGUAGCUUGUCGUCGCUGGGGUCGCUGUGGAGACACACGUUAAGUUCAAGUUUUGAAUCGCAUUCUGUCUUUUUUUAUAGAGUGGAGCUCCCCAGGCUCCUCCUGGGCCGUCUGCUGACGGCUCCGGGGCCUGGUGAGGGCCCGCCAGGACCAGGCAGAGCAGAUCGGCAGAGACCUCCCCGCCGGCGGCCUCGCCGCGACGUCGAGCGGGAGGCACGACGAGGCAGAGCUGCGCAGCGCGGGGGGCCCUCGCCGCGGGCCGCCGCUGGGUCCGCGCGGGCCUGCCGACCCGAGGGGCGGGCGGGCGCGCGCCCGGUGG